UGGAUAUUGGCGUAGACCACAAAACUAUAGGCCUACGUAAUUUUCAUUAUAAUAAGAUCAACAUCUUCAAAACACAUCCGAAUGUUAUAAAAGUUAUGAAACCUAGCGAAUGUCUUCAGAAUCAUUUUUGGAGCUCAACGAUUUGUUGCAGUCAAAUCUGUGCACAUUCGGAAAUUUUUUAUUUUUUAGCUUACACUCGAACGACUGUGAAAGUAGACAAUGCAUAUAAAGACGUGUAUACUACUCCUAGCUUACGUUGUGGUUUCUAAAACAUCAUUCCUGUCGACAACACAAUGUCAGAAUGGGAUCUCAAGUAACGGCACAUUGAUACCUCGAAUAACAUUCCCAAGUAAUGGAGCAGUAGAUGAACUCGUUGCAGAUGAUCAAUUGUUUGAUAUUGAUAAUGUUAGUCAUUGCCCCGUUCCUUUACGAACUGACUACUCCGUGGAGCGUACCUCUCCGUGUGUCUGGAGAACUUUGAUCGACAACGACACAAACAGAAUCCCGGUAAGCAUUCCGUACGCCAAAUGCCAUUGUAGAACAUGUCGUACUUAUGGAUCAGACUUCACCUGUCGUCCAGUAAAACGAACUAUGAUGGUGGUAAAAAAUAUUUCUACGGAUCAGUUUGAAACACAGUACAUCGACGUUCCUAUUGCAUGUACCUGUGUUAAAAAUCUUAUGUUAUCAUAACUCGGAUAAUGCUGUUAUAUUUAAAUUUCAUAAGAAGCCUAAAUCAGAUAAUGUUGAAUAAAUAAACUUAGUAAGUUAUAUAAUUAAAUUAUAAUUUUAAUUAGGCAAUAUACUUAUUUAUUAACUGUAUUUAUAUUUAAAUGUUUGAUAUUAACCCAUUUGACGUUUUUUUUUUACUUUUGAUCCAUUGUCUGUAGUUUAAGCAUGCGGACUUUCCGUUUUAGGAAAUUUCCGAUUUACAUAUUUAUAUGUUAUGAUAUGUUACGACAUAAUGUGUGUGUGCGCGUGUUUAAACCUCGCAAAACAAAUGUCAUUUACUUUGUACAGAGAUUAGAAUUGCAAUUUCAAAAAAAAGUACUACCACAAGGUAGGGGCGCCCUGUUAGACUUUGGAAGGACGCCCUCUAGUUCAUGAUAGUACUUUUUGUACCUGUUUACUGCUCGUGGGUUGGGGGUGGGGGUGGGGGGUAGUAGACACAUUGUUGUCAUCUGGCAGUUGAACUUUACGCUUUACCCACAUUGAAGUAAAAAAAUAAUUGUAGGCUAACAGAAUUCAAAAACUUGAUGAAAACAUUUUUUUACGAAAAACCCAUACUGCCACAAUCCGAAGCAAUCAUGAUUACGAAGCGGGUAUCGCGUAGGCUUAACUAUGCUGCCAUUUUGUUUUGUCGAGUAUUUACAAGUUUUCUAUUCGACUGGUCGUUUUCGUUAAGUAGGAUUUUACCACUGCGCAGGUGGGCGUGGUUUAACGAAGAACGACCAGUCGAAUACGGCCAAUGUCAAGCAGUAGACACCUAUUUUCCUUAAUACGAUUACGUUCCAAAGAAACCCUCAGAGUCUGACGUACAAAAAUCUUUAUUUGUCAAAAUCUUGCAGUUUUUUUUUUUGUGGUUUUUUUUGCAGUUCUAUACUCGUCUUUGUAUUUGAAAGUAAAUCGAACUUGAAAUUAACUUUCCAAUUGAAUAAAGACUUGAAAAAAGGAUCAAAUGUUUCUCUCUUUUUUUUCUUCAAUUACAAAUUAUUUGAAAAUGUAAAUUUUUGCUUGACCCAUGUAUGUCUGGGGACGCGCCGCCCACGGCAGCCGCAAUGCAGCGACACAGUACAUGUAACUUAACUGUCAUGUAAGCGUUAUUGAGGAGUAGAGUGAUCAGACAUCAAAACCUGACGCCGGCCGAGUUUGAACCAGUCUCUUCAGUGCAAGAAUAGGGAACAUUACCUCUAAACGCAACAAUGCAACUCAAGUAACAAAUCAGAACUAUUAUUUGUCACUGUCCUCCAAACUCGACUUUUGUAAUGGACAUUCACUAUAGUUAGUGUAGGCUACACAAUCUAAACAUUCUAAACUCAACGUGUCCAAAUACAGCAGCUCGACUUCAACCAGGGCAAAACUCGUGACCAAUAAAAAGCAGGCAAAUACUUAAAAAACAAACAUUACUCUUUGCUUUAAAGCUUUAGACUACAGCAUCCAAACGUGCU